GCCCCGCGGGGGCGGCGCUGCCGGCCCGGCCCGGCCCGCGAUCGGCAGCGAGGAGCCGCGACGGCACCUGGAGGCGGCUCCGCCCCAGUCCCAGGAAGGGAGCGACCAGCGGGGCGGAGGGGAGCGGCCGGAUCCGGCGGGACGGGACGGGGCUGCCGCCCCUCAGAGGCCGCGCGACUCUGCCGGCAGCGGCCAUGGCUUUCGGGAAGGCUCCGAAAGACCCUUUCGGCACCGCCGUGGGCAGCCUGGUCGACCGGGCGACGUGCGGAGCGCUGCAGACGGAGGAGUGGGGACAGUUCAUGCACAUCUGCGACGUGAUCAACGCGACGGAGGAGGGGCCUAAAGAUGCAGUUAAAGCGCUAAAGAAAAAGCUUUCAAAAAACUGUAACCAUAAGGAGAUCAGGCUUGCCCUGUCUCUGCUUGACAUGUGUAUAGAGAACUGUGGCCCAAGAUUCCAGUCUUUAGUUGUGAAGAAGGAUUUCUGUAAAGACAAGCUGGUGAAACUGCUGAAUCCAAGAUACAAUCUGCCGAUUGACAUGCAGGAGAGAAUCUUGACCUAUAUCAUGACGUGGGCCCGAGGUUUCCAAGGAAUGGUGGAUGUGAGCGAAGUAAAAGAAGUUUAUCUGGAAUUGCUGAAGAAAGGAGUGGAGUUUCCAUUUUCUGACUCCAGCAGAGGGGGACCUAAGGCUUCAUCUCAGCCUUCUACCAAGUCAUCACCAUCUUCUGCUACUCCUGCAAAGCGUUCUUUACUGCCUCUUCCCACAGGUCCAACGUUACUGCUGACUCCUGAGCAGAUUGGGAAACUGUACAGUGAACUGGAUAUGGCAAAAAUGAAUGUAAGAGUCAUGUCAUCAAUAUUAAAAGAAAAUGUUCCUGGGUCUGAAAAUCCGGAUGAUAUGAAUCUUUUACAGAAACUGUAUAAGACCUGUCGGAUGAUGCAGGAGAGGAUCAUGGAGUUGUUGGUGACAGUGGAGAAUGAAGACGUGAUGGUUGAGUUAAUACAAGUAAAUGAAGAUCUGAAUAAUGUCCUCCUGGGACAUGAAAGGUUCUCUCGAAACAGAGUUCGUUUUUUGGAGAAUCAAAGAAUACAACGUGAGCGCACAGAGUUGUACAGGAAACAGCCAUCUGCUCCCUCAAGUGAUCUACUUGGCCUCUCCAUAGAUUCUCCAUCUCCCGUGUCAACAGACUCUGCAGUGUCUCCUUCAGGCCUUAAUGGUAUAUCUGCAGAUAAAUCGAUGGAUGAUGCCUGGUUUUAUCCACAGCUCGAUUCAGCAGCUACUCCAAACCGUCAGCAAUUCCUAUUUGCAGCUGAAGCACAAAACAAUAAUGUAAGCAACCCAGCUGGACAUACAUAUAGCAAUUUGGCGACUCCUUUAAGCCCAGUGCCUCUGAACCCAGUAAAUCUGCAGACUGGACAUACCACAUCAUUAAAUGGACCAUCCCCAGCAGCUGCAUCAAAGAACAAGUCACCAUCACCUCAUUACUAUGAGAUCAUGGAAUUUGAUCCCUUGGCUCCCACUGAAGCUAUUUAUGAAGAAAUUGAUGCUGUGAUGAAGACAGAAGUUAAAAAGGACGCAGAAUGCUGAAAGUGGAGGUGUUUAUUUUACUGAGCACACGUUAUUCUCUGAUGCUGGUCCUGUGCAGCACUUCUUCUAACGUACAGUGAAUAACAGAACAGGUUUUGUAUUUUGACACAACAAAAUAUAUUAGAGUACUAAGCUGUGUGGAGGUUGAAGAGUUACUUGGGUCUACACCAUAAUUUGUCCUGAAUGUUCAACUGUGUAUUCUUCAAGGUGACUUGCAUGAGUAUUUUUAAAGUAUUUUAGAGGCCUUUAAAAUACAAUUGCCAAAUUCAUCUGUGUAUGAAGUAACGCUUGAUACACAAGUAAACCAAAGGACACUUGCAGCUUUUUUUCCAAGGUAACUGUUCCUUUGUAUUGCUUUACCCCUUCAUGCAGCAAACAAAACAGAAUGUUGUUUACAGAAACUGCAGAAUCCGGUUUCUAUUUUGGCCUCAUUGCUGUCUGCAUUAUUCUCCCUAGAAAUUUAUACAGGAGUUUUGAGAUGUAGGACAUUUCUAAAAUUGGGCCUCUUGAUAGCUGUCUGAAGACAUGCAGUGUUACUUUCCUACAUAUGUAGCCUGAACACAGAUUCUGGUUUCUUCUAAAAGCCCACAAUAUAGUUGGAUUUUUGUCUUGCCAAGAACCUGAGCUGGGACAUGAGGUGCCGUCAUCCAUGAUUAACAGAACAUUAAAAACCCUGCAUGUUCCUGUGUUGUUGUUGUUGUUGUUGCUUUUAUUUACUCAGUAAAUAUUGGAGGGGGAUCAAUCAUUUCUUUCAAUGUUCCUGCCCUGCAGAGAUUGCUGUUCUGGUGAAGGAAAAAAAAUAAUCAUCUACAAUGCAGAUGAGCAGCAGUUACACGUUUAGUCAAGUUGUUUAACCCUGUUAGUAACAGUUUUCUCUUUUAAUAAGUGCCUUAUCUAUUUUAAUGCUGAAUGUAAAAUGUGCACUUUAACAGGUCUAGUUCUCUGAAUUUAUAAUUGAUAUAAAAUUUGAGAACGUAGUCUAUGUUGAUAUCUAAUAAGCUUUUUGUGAAAUACUGCAUUAUAAAUGCUCAUUAACUGUUUCAGUGAUAAGUUAUCUCAGUUUCGCAAUUUUUGUAGCAUAAAAUUCCAAAUAAAAGCAAAUGCUUACUGAGAAGUUAACCAC